AUGCUUCGAUUCAGUUUACAGGUCUUGGGCCUCGCGUUGUUGCUUUGCCUUGUCGUUCCUACUCUGGCGUACAUCUUGAUCCGACAGAGAGCCGAAUACCAUUUGAAAACCAUUGCAGGGCCAGCAGGGAAUCUUCUCACUGGCAUAGGCAUCAGCCUCCCAUACAGAGCCCACAAUGUGAUGCGACAAUGGGCUGUCGAGUAUGGCGAGCUGUUUCGCAUUCGCGUCGGAUGGUACAAUUGGGUGGUCGUCAACAGCGCAGAGGCCAUGAAAGAGAUCUUCGAUAAACAGUCUUCAUCGACAUCAUCAAAAGUACCUGCGCCGAUUGGACACGAUAUUAUUGCCGGUGGAAUGAGAAUGUUUACAAUGCCUUAUGGACCGAAGUGGCGAGCGUAUCGUACCAUCUCUCACCAGCUCUUGUCUCCAAAGAUGACAGCAACAUUUCUACCGUGUCAGGCGUUUGAGAUAAAGCAGCUCGUCCAUGAUCUUGCUCAUUCCAAAACGCCUGAGAUCGAUCCACAUGAACACAUCCGCAGGGCUUCCUUCUCAAUCAUGAUGACAGCCACAUAUGGUCGGCGUAUUCCGACCUGGGAUCAUGAAGACGUCCAUCACAUGCUGAAAGGGAGACAAAUUCUGGGCAAAAUAUCGAGACCUGGGGCAUUCAUCGAAGACGAAAUUCCUCUCUUCGCAUUACUGCCUACCUGGUUGCAGCCGUCGAUGAAAACUGCCACACAACUCGCGGUGCCUGUUCAUGCGGCCAAAAUGAGACUCUGGAAUAUUCUUAAGAAACAAGAUUCAGAGAAAGCUGCGCCUCCCUGCUUUGGGAGGGAAUUGAUGACCAGCGAGUUCAAGGCUCAAGGACUUACGGAAGAGGAUGCUGCAUGGAUUGCCAGCGGUCUUGUAGAGGUCGGCUCAGAGACUACUUCCAUCACUUUGACGAAUCUCAUUCUAUAUCUCGCUGCAAAUCCGCACACUCAAGUACAGGCAAUAGCAGAGCUAUCAAAAGUCGUCGGCGACGAUAGGAUGCCAUUAUUCGAGGAUGUUGCUCGACUCCCGUACAUUCGUGGGUGCGUCAAGGAAAUGCUUCGACUGCAUCCAAUCCCUACGUGGGGACUGAAACAUUACACAGACGGCGACAUAGUCUAUAAGGGCCAGGUCAUUCCGAAAGGUACCGUUGUUCUCGGCAAUACUUGGGCCGUUCACUACGACUCUUCACGCUACCCUGACCCUACUGCAUUCCGUCCCGAGCGCUACGUCAACCAUGACAAGUACUCAGCCGAGUAUGCCGCUAUGUCAGAUCCAUUGCAAAGAGAUCACUACGCUUUCGGUGCUGGAAGACGCAUCUGCCCAGGAUCUCGACUCGCCGAGAACACGCUCGAUCUUGCAUUGGCAAACAUUUUGUGGGCGUUUGAGAUCAAACCGCCAACCGAUGGUGUGGAAAUAGAUCUGACGGAUGACGCGUGGGAAGAGACAGCCUUCCGUCCUCCAAAGCCAUUCAAGGUUCGCUUUGUUCCGCGAUAUGCAAAACGGCGCCGGCUGCUGGAUGAAGCUUGGGCUAGCGCGAAAGAGCAAGGCUACGUUCUCAAAGGCGUGCACAUCGACGAACAAGGAGCUAGUGUUGUAUAG